UCCUUAAUACACACGUAGGUCCAGGCAGUUUGUGAAAUAAUGUAGUGUUUGCUGGCCGUUCUAAGGCGGUACUGUGAACUCAGUGAUGCCCGUGCUGAAGCAGCGGCGGCCGGCUCGCUGGCGACAGGACGCCCGCUGAGCCCUCCUUCAUAAUCUGUCCCUGCUGGACGAUUCCAGAUCUUCACAGAAAGCCAUCUGAAAAUCAGGACUGUAGUCACGCACCGAGGUUUAACCACUCCAUUUGAAUCAUGGGGAACAUUUUCGGGAAUUUGCUGAAGAGCCUCAUAGGGAAGAAAGAGAUGAGGAUCUUGAUGGUGGGGCUCGACGCUGCAGGAAAAACAACAAUCCUCUACAAGCUCAAACUGGGGGAAAUAGUCACCACAAUCCCAACCAUUGGGUUUAACGUUGAGACGGUGGAGUACAAGAACAUCAGCUUCACUGUGUGGGACGUGGGUGGGCAGGACAAGAUCCGCCCUCUCUGGAGACACUACUUUCAAAACACACAGGGUCUAAUCUUUGUGGUGGACAGCAACGACAGAGAGCGUGUGAACGAAGCACGAGAGGAGCUGAUGAGGAUGCUGGCCGAGGACGAACUGAGAGAUGCUGUACUCCUUGUGUUUGCCAACAAGCAGGACUUACCGAACGCCAUGAACGCUGCCGAGAUCACAGACAAGCUGGGCUUACACUCCCUGCGUCACCGCAACUGGUAUAUCCAGGCCACCUGCGCCACCAGCGGCGACGGCCUCUAUGAGGGUCUUGAUUGGCUGGCCAAUCAACUCAAGAACAAGAAAUAAGAAGAUAACCGGAAAAAAGCAGCCAGCGACUACAACAGUCCAAGUUAUUCUUUGUUUUUUGUUUUUUUCGGGGAAUGUGGUUGCGUGUCAGGGUCAAGGGUUUUGAUUGAUAAGACAAAAGCAAGAUCAUGGGCUGGUGGGGGUGGGGGUGGGGGGGUUGAUUUUUAGGCUUUUCUGUUGAGGUUCUCAACGCUUAUUGAAAAAAAAAACAGAUUCUCACAUACUUCAUAUUUAACCUCUCUCUCACACUCACACACACACACACACACACACACACAAGAAUGCACACUAACCGUAAGCAAUCACAGCAGACACUUGCUUUUUCCUGUGUCCACCUCUUGUCCUUAGGUGCAUUGUACUGUCUGUUAGUCUCUAGGUGCUGUACCAAGUCAUGUGUGACUCCACCCAGUCAGCAACGAGUCAAAUGUGACUUUUUCUGUCGUCCAUGCGAAGAACUGUUCUGUGUAGGUUGCGCUCCCUGUUUGUUUGUUUGUUUUUCUUUUCCUAUCCUAUGGGGGUAAUAGAGCCAUUUUUUUUAGAACAAUCACAGCUUAAUAGUUAAUGGUUUGUUCUCCCUUGUUUUUGUGAGCAAUGCUGAGGCACUCUGAUACUCAGACCGAGUGUGUACCUGUACCUGUGCUGUGCUGUAUGUGUCAGUGCAGGCGGCCCUAGUCAGUAUUAAUCGUGAACGACCUAACAGCAACAAAAAGACAGCAGGACUGGAGCUUGCUCUGUCACGCGUCCUCUUUACUGCCUCGUUUUUGGAAAUCUUUUGAUAUCUGUGGCGUGUUUCUACUCCCUGCGUGAAAGCCGGCCCCCCCCACUCCUCCUUUUUGAAUAUUUUAAAAAAACGCUAGACACGUCCUCGACUGCCUGAACUGCAUGCUGACAUUGUUGCAUCCUCUCUCCAUCCUCUGAGCUGCAUGGAUGUUGACGCUGUUUGUGGGGUUGUUAGUUUCAUUCUCUACCUGCUCUCAUCGUGUUCUGCAGCUGUUUACAGUAGGACGCAGAAAAACUAACCGGAAACCACCGAUUUUCUGCAAGUAGUUGUCAACACGCACUAAAUACGGCAUAGUACAGCUUUAUGGUCCUUUUUGAUGUGUCAAGUGGUGAAAAUAGGUUAAUGACCUGCAGAGCUGCUGCUGCUGCUGCGGCUGCUGCUGCUUCAUGUCUGCCUCCAUGUGUUGUCCAGGUUGCUCUCGCGUGCAUAUUGGGGUGGUGGGAUGAUGAUUCUGUUGCUGUGUUACCGAAUGUGAAUAUUGUCGAUGAAUCUAUAUAUGGCUGUAAUGAUAUUUAUUUGACACACGCGCAUAUAUUCCUUUAUUUCAGUGAUGUGUCGGCGUAAUUAUGGGACAGUAAAGCAAAGGGGUGAGCAGAUCAAAUUCAUUCACUUGUGAACAGCAGAUGAGUCACAGCGUCGCCACCGAUACCAGCAGAAUCCACAGACUUCUGUCAAUGAGAGGAGUUCAUCGUGCCAUAAAAACCAGUGACAGUGCAACAUACUGUAAAUCCACCCCGUCAGGUGACGAAGCACAUUGUUCAUACUCCGACUCUAUCGUGUGUUAGAUCAUUAAGAUGAAUCAUUUUUGGGUUUCGUGGCCUUAUAUUCAGUGCUGACUUCAAAUUGAUUUUCCUCUAAGCCUCCAUUUGUUUCUGAUUUUAGCUCACAUAUAUUUAUCUAUAAAGAAUGAUUUACAGAUUUAUUUCUCUAUGCCCUCAAUAGGCGGGUUUUGCACCACAGUUCAGGAUGAUUAGGUAAAGGUUUUUUUGUUUGUUUUUGCUAUUUUGAUGCAUAUAUGGUGGUAGAUUUUACUUUAUUUUUUAUUUUGUAUUUUCUUUGGGGUGUAAAGAAACUUCGAUGUAGACUGUGUCUGUGAAACAAUGAUAAUUAUGUGCGAACAAAAAGAUAAUAAAAGUAACUUCUGAUGAUUCAUUCUGUACCGUUAUAGUUACACAUGUAGAUUUUAAAAACGGUGAAGAAUCAUGUUUCAGUGCUGAAUGCAAGGAGACAUCUGUAUGUGAUGUAAGACGACAAAACAAAAAUCCUGCUGUAUUACAAAUAAACCCAUUUUCUGUAUGA